CCAACAAACCGCUGCGACGUCGAUUCGCGGCAGUGGUCGGCGCAAUCACCUCUCAACUCGUAGUUUUUACCACUCCCACCGAUUCGCAUUACCGUGUACCGAAUUACGAAUACCGGUCCGGUACUCCGGUCGUCGUGUACUCGUGUCUAUUUCAGUCAAUAUUACCGUUGGUCGUCGCUCAUUGCCCGUUCCCGUUUUUUAACUACGUAAUUAUUACAAUCCGUACCUAUUGAUAUAACGCGGCCAGAGCACCGUUCGUUCGUUCGUUAGCCGACUAACCCAGGUCUUGUCCGCCGUGUAUUCCGACGUCGGUAUUCGAUAACGUGAAUAAAAAUAAUAUAUUAUUACUUACAGUCGGCGUUGUAGGCGUUGUUAGUGUUCUUUUUUUUUUUUUUUUUUAAUUUCUCGUUUUUUUCGCCCGUCACGCGUUCGUGUUUCGCGCUCCACACUUUCGUAGCUCACACCGCUGUGCGAUAAUUACCCCUAAAUCACAAUGACCGAAAAAGAAGUGAAAAAGUACUCGUUGGCCGAGGUUGCCGCAAAUGCGAACGCUACCAAUCCGUGGAUCGUGAUCGACGAUUGCAUAUACGAUGUCACAGAAUUCCUAAAUGACCAUCCCGGUGGUGAAGAAGUCCUGCUGGAACAAGCCGGCAAGGAUGCAACCGAAGAGUUUGAAGAUGUCGGACACUCGAGCGACGCACGCGAAGUCAUGCAAAAAUACAAGAUCGGAGAACUCAUAGAAGAGGAUAAAAGAAAAAAUAAGAAACCCGUGAAGAAACCACCACCUGCAGCAUCAAGUGCAUCUGGAGAUGAUUUUAGUCUUUGGAAAUCAUGGUUGCUGCCUUUGACAAUGGGAGUGCUUGCUAUCUUCGUUUACCGAUACUUUAUUGCUUCAUAAAAGACCAAAGUCAUAUAAGUUUAUCAUAAAGUUAUUAUUGUCAACCAAAAUUCUGGGUUAACUCACAAAUAUUGUCUUUUGUGUAUUUUGUCAGUGGUCAAUCAUUAAACUACAUUCCAUUCUAUGUUUACUGUUUACAUAAUGUUUUCAUUAAUACAAUCACAAAACAUGAAAGAUUUGUAUAGUUUAAAAACUAUUAAACUUAUUUAUUACAAGUAAUAUGACCGAUUAAACAUACAUAUAAUGGUUAGACAUGGUAGAAAUUAGUAAUUCUUGGAAUUUAGUAUUAUUAAUGUUUGAAUGUUCAAAAAAAUAUAUACAUACUUAAAAAAAAUA